ACAAAUUUUAUUACGUCUUUAAGUCGAUUUGCUCAGUAACCUGAUGUUGGAACGACAUUUCUAAUAAUUUCUGAUAAUUUUAUUAUGCUGGUAUAUUUAAAAGCUUUCUUCUCUGUUGAAAAAGUUAUGAAUCACACAAUUUAAUCAUUUUUAUUUUAAGCUUCGUUUAGUGUAGUAAGAUGUCAAAAAUGUUAUAAUUCUCUAAUUCUAUACAUUUAUAAUACAACAUCCUUAUGAAUGAAUAUAAAUUUAAAAGGUUGCUUUAAAACAUGGAAUUUGAAGAUAUAUUGAAACAUGCUGGCGAUUUUGGAAUUUUUCAAAAGAUCUUGCUAAUCGGUUUUCUAGUACCAACAUCAACUUUCGUACCAUGGAUUAACCUCAGUGCUAUUUUCAUAUCUCACACACCAGAGCAUUGGUGCUAUGUGCCUGAAGUAUCUUCAUCUAACUUGACUAUAGAACAGAAAAAGUACCUCAUGAGACCCCCAAGUGAUCCGUAUUGUUCUAGAUAUGACGUGAAUUUUAGCAGCUUACUUUAUACGGAGAACUACACAGUAGAUCCAAAUUCUUCUUCGAAGAAAUGUGACAAAGGUUGGUAUUAUGAUACCAAAGAUUUUGAUCAAACAGCUGUUACGGAAUGGAAUUUAGUUUGCGAGAAUGACUAUUACAAGAGCAUGGUAGUAAGUUUUGUGUUCGUGGGAGUCAUUAUUGGUACACCAUUUUAUGGUUUUCUCUCUGACAGGUGUGGCAGAAAGCCAACUUUUAUUGGUCUAGCUCUUCUAUUAGCUUUAGCAGAAACAGGAUCAGCUGUCUGCACCAACUUCACAUUAUUCUUAAUUUUACGAGUCGUCAUAGGAAGUACAGUGUACAUUUACAGCCUUGGAUAUAUUAUAGCUUUGGAAUUAGUGAGGUCAGAUUUAAAAACUAGGAUAAAUGGAAUAGCAGUAAAUUGCUGGACUCUAGGUUUGUGCCUGUUACCCUUAGCUGCCUAUCUCACCAGGAGUUGGAUCAAACUAACAGUCGUAAUAGCAACUAUAGCAGCUUCCUUCGUUCUGUAUUGGUUCAUUCUCCCUGAGUCUCCAAGCUGGUUGAUUUUGCAAGAGAGGUAUGAGGAUGCAGCGAAAAUCAUUGCACAAAUAAGUAGAUGGAAUCAUAAAAAAAUUUCAUUCGAACAAAUUUUGGAAAACGUCCAGUUUUUAGGAAAGCAGAUGAAAGAGAAGAAUUUAGAAAAAAUUUCUCUUAUGGAUUUCUUAAUCUAUCCAAAUUUGCGGUCUAGAUUUUUUCUCUGUGUUGUUGUGUGGAUUGGUAGUUCAAUUAGCUACUACGGAUUGCAAGACAACGUUGACAAUUUGAGUGGAAAUGAAUUUCUUAAUUUCUUCUUUCUUUCACUUGUUGAAAUUCCAGCCCAUUUUACUAUUUGGUGGCUUUUAGGAAAUGUUGGUAGGAAAAAAAGCAUACAAAUAGGAUUUAUAGUUUGUGCCGUGUCCUGCCUUGGACCAGUAUUUUCUUCUUCUGAAUCUACUCAAUUCAAUAUCUUGUCCACCUUAAUUGCAAAAGCUGGUUCAAGCGCAGUUUUCAUGGCCCAAUACCAGCAUACUCCAGAACUUUUUCCCACUUCACAUCGUGGGAUUGGUAUGGGACUCACGAGUACAGUUGGGAUUGGUUCAUCUCUUUUGGCACCAUUCAUUGUGAGACUGGAUAAAUAUGGCCACUUUACACCCUAUUUGAUUUUUUCUAUGAUAUCUGGAAUUUCUUGUUUUUGUGUUGGUUUUCUACCUGAGACUUUGAACAAAAAUUUGCCACAAACAGUUCAUGAUAUUGAGAAUUAUGUCUUACACACCAACUGUUUUCGACGAGGUUUAAACAUGAGAGAAGAAUAUGAACUUAACGAAAAAACUUCAUCUAAUCCUCAAUCCGGAGAAACUGCUUCGACAGCUUCAAACAAUGUUUUUAUCAUCAGUUAUGACAGCACAAUGAAUUGAGCAAGAAUUACAUUUACAUGAUCUUGGGAUGCUUUGAUCAAAAAGUAUUUUCUGAAUCUGUUCAUAAACAUUCAUUUAACAUUUCAGAAUAAACUUAAAACUCACAAAAACAUUGUAGUCUCUGUAAACUAAGGAAAAAAGCACAUCUUUCAAAACUGUAUAUAUAUAUAUAUAUAUAUAUAUAAUUUACUUGUUUAGCUUUAUCUUCUGCUGUUAUAUCUUUCAUAAUUACGUAAGUUGUUAAACAUAUUUUAAGUUUAAAGAUUGCGGUUUUAGAAGAAUAAAAAAAUUUUUAAAUGAUA